UGUGGUGCAUUAGUGAAAAGGUGGCUGAUAGCAAACCUAGGACAGGGAAUUACAGCGCCGCGACUGGCGUGGCAGAAGUUCUUUCGGCACCGACACUUCAAUCGCCGCGCAGGCGCUGAGUUACACAGCGCGCCAUGCCCGUGCUGGCAAAGUUGCUGGGCGGUGCCUCCAAGGCAUCGUCCCUGCAGCAAUUGGCGGGUCUUGGUCAGCGGGCGGCCCUUGCCGCGACACAGCAGGCUGGUUUCGCUUCGCAGUCCUACCCGGUGAUUGACCACCAGUAUGAUGCAAUUGUCGUUGGAGCGGGAGGAGCUGGUCUGCGCGCGGCGGUGGGCCUGUCGGAGCUGGGCUUCAACACAGCGUGCAUCACGAAGCUCUUUCCUACUCGUUCGCACACGGUCGCUGCCCAGGGCGGCAUCAACGCCGCGCUGGGCAACAUGACCGAGGAUGAUUGGCGGUGGCAUGCUUACGAUACAAUUAAGGGCAGCGACUGGCUCGGCGACCAGGACGCAAUUCACUACAUGUGCCGCGAGGCACCAAAGGCCGUGAUUGAGCUGGAGAACUACGGCCUGCCGUUCUCGCGCACGGAGGAUGGGAAAAUUUACCAGCGUGCCUUCGGCGGCCAGUCGCUGGACUUCGGCAAGGGCGGCCAGGCGUACCGCUGCGCCUGCGCCGCUGACCGCACAGGUCACGCCAUGCUCCACACGCUUUACGGCCAGGCCAUGAAGCACGACAUCCAGUUCUACGUGGAGUACUUCGCUCUGGAUCUGAUCAUGGACAGCGACGGCGUGUGUCGCGGCGUCAUGGCGCUGUGCAUGGAGGACGGCACCCUGCACCGCUUCCAGGCUCACCAGACGGUGCUGGCUACGGGCGGCUACGGACGCGCCUACUUCUCAGCCACCUCGGCACACACCUGCACCGGAGACGGAAACGCCAUGGCGGCGCGCGCCGGCAUCCCGCUGCAGGACCUGGAGUUUGUGCAGUUCCACCCCACCGGCAUCUACGGCGCCGGCUGCCUGAUCACGGAGGGCUCCCGCGGCGAGGGCGGCAUCCUGCGCAACAGCGAGGGCGAGCGCUUCAUGGAGCGCUACGCGCCCACCGCCAAGGACUUGGCCUCGCGUGACGUGGUGUCCCGCUCCAUGACCAUGGAGAUCCGGGAGGGGCGCGGCUGCGGCCCCGAGAAGGACCACAUCUAUCUGCACCUCAACCACCUGCCGCCCGAGCUGCUGGCGGAGCGCCUGCCCGGCAUCUCCGAGACCGCCGCCAUCUUCGCCGGCGUUGACGUGACCAAGGAGCCCAUCCCGGUGCUGCCCACGGUGCACUACAACAUGGGCGGCGUGCCCACCAACUACAUGGGCGAGGUGCUGGCGCCCACGCCCGACAACCCCGACAAGGUGGUGCCCGGCCUGUUCGCCGCGGGCGAGGCGGCGUGCGCCUCGGUGCACGGUGCCAACCGCCUGGGCGCCAACUCGCUGCUGGACAUCGUGGUGUUCGGCCGCGCCUGCGCCAACCGCAUCGGCCAGAUCAUGAAGCCCAACACCCCGCACAAGCCGCUGCCCGCCACCGCCGGCGAGGGCGCCGUGGCGCGCCUGGACAAGCUGCGCAACGCCAAGGGCAACCUGCGUACCGCCGAGAUCCGCCGCAACAUGCAGAAGGUGAUGCAGAACAACGCGGCGGUGUUCCGCACGCAGGAGUCGCUGGAGGAGGGCUGCAAGCUGAUUGACGAGACCAUGGCCUCCUUCCAGGACGUCAAGACCACGGACCGCGGACUGGUGUGGAACACGGACCUCAUCGAGACGCUGGAGCUGGAGAACCUGCUCAUCAACGCAGCGGUCACCAUGCACUCGGCCGAGAAGCGCAAGGAGUCGCGCGGCGCCCACGCGCGUGAGGACUUCACGCAGCGCGACGACGCCAACUGGAUGAAGCACACGCUGGGCUUCCUGCCCUCGACCAACGACAAGGUGAACAUCAGCUACCGGCCUGUGCACAUGAAGCCGCUGAGCGAGGAGAUGCCCUUCAUCCCGCCCAAGCCCCGCGUCUACUAAACCCGCGGCGUGGCCCAGCUCUGCGUGGCGAAGCUGCGCUAUCAGCCAGGCGCAACGAGCUCGCGCAGCCCGCGUUGUUGCGUUUCGGAGAUCGCGGUGCGGAUGCGAGUUGCCGGGGGAAGAAGUGGGGUAGGCUUGCCAGGUGCACAACGGGACGUGCGCUCGUGUGGUGCGCGGCCACGCUAGUAGAAGCUGGCCGCGUUGCUUGGCUUGGUUCUGGUCGGACAAGUAUUCUUUGCUAGCCAACGUCCUGCGCGGCAUUGCGCGAUAGGAGCUAGUGGCCCGGGUAGGCCAGGGUUGGGCAAGGGGCUCAGCAGCAUCGCACGCGUGACAACAGUGUCGAGUGUGUGGUAUGUGGCCGGACUCCAGUCCCGAGGAAGCUUAUUUCUUCUUAACUUGUGCAUGUGUGGUUUGAGAGCGUUUGUUCAGGUGAUUGAGCGACCGGGUAGGGGCGGUGACCACGUUUCGGGGUCGACGCGACAGCCCAGGCUGGUGAGGCCAGUCGUGUGCGUGUGCGCCAUGAUGCAGUCAAGUAGGUGAUUACAAGUAGAUGAGACGCGUUUAGUUUGCAAGUGUGUGCGACCCGCACUCCCGAGACGCUAGUUGCGACGCCUCGAGCGCAUGGCUUGACAGCAGAAGCGAAGGCGUGUAACAUGAACGUAUG